UAAAGCUGCACACUUUCUCUUAUUUUGUUCAUAUCGAACCGCGAGGGAAAGACAUUGUUUUGAGGUAGCAUAGGCUUCAAUUCUUGCAUUCAUCAAUCCUCAUUUCUCAUUGGUCUGCCGAGAACUUUUCUGUUUGAAUUCCCUCUGGCAAAUCUUUUAACCUCUGAAGUGAAUAUAUCUUGGCCAAGAUGAACGGUCAAGGUGGCAGCUCCAACUCAUUUCCUGAGACCUUUCGUGUUGACCAUGGGCCCAAUGUCAACAAUCCUGGGUUUUUGCAGAAUAAUGGAGUUCCAACUAAUUCUGCAGUUGAUUUUGGCCCUACAGUUAUAAGCUGGAUAGGUCAAUCUAGUUCCUUUGUGAAUACCCACAACCAGGUCAAUCCUGAGGAGUUAUUAGGUGGGCAUCGAUGGCUUUCUUCCAUUGGCCCCCCUGAUGGAACUGGUCAAGCGUUUGAAGUAAGCCAUUCCAAGCCAAAUAUUGCUCCUUUCCAAGAGAACGUUAAUGCAAUCUCGAUUGAUGGUCAAGUCACAAAUAGGACAUCAAUCUUGCAUGGGUCCAGUUCUGGUGGUCACAACAUGGACUUCAAUGCCUUGCAUGAGAUCGGUAAUAGUGAUGCCAAUCAGGAUAUGGGGGCAGGUUUAAGCUUGCGACUAUUUAAUCCUGAUGGACUAGAAGCUAAACAAAAUCCACCUGCCAGCAAUUCUUCUAUACGAGUUAUGAUAUCUUCUGGAAUAGCAGGAUAUGAGUUGGAAGAAAAUGAUGGCAGAGAGGGUCUGUCAUCUGAUGGUAGGCGGAUAUCCUGCAAAAGAAGAGCACCUGAAGAUGCUCCUGGACUACUGUAUCUGGGUGAAAGCUCUAGCACUGGUCAAGAAUCUGGAAAUUCUGAAUGGCAAGCUGUUCUUACUCAAGAAAAGGUCAAUAGCAGCUUGAAUAUAUCAACUCUGAGUACUCCUCUAAGUGUAAGUCAUCCUGAUCAGUUGGGGGAUAGAAUUGGCGUUGGUAUGAUGGGGGCAGUUUCUAGAAUGCACCAAACUUCUAGUGGGGCAGGAGAAGUUGAAUGUUCGCAGAGAAAUAUUCGACCUAGGAGAGCUGCAAAUCCACAAGAUGUUAUACAACUUAGUAUGUUGCCAAGUGGGGCCACAAGGAAUUCUUAUUUACAGUCACCCAUUCAAACAAAUAUGUUCUCUCCCUUUGCUCAAUUUCCAAAUUCAAGCUUAGCAGAAACAUUACUGGUUACUGGAACUGCUCCAGUGCAGGCUUUUUCACAGGUUCAAGAUGAUUUGCAAAAUCUUCAGCCCUCACCAUGGUAUGAUUUGACAUGGUCAAGAGCCGGUGGAUCUUCUCUUCCUCAUGACUCUACUCCUGAUCAUGCUGUCAAUGGUGGCAGUACUCUGCAGCAAGAACAGAAUUCAAGGAACACACUGCUUGUUCCUGAAACUGAUAGGGAAAAUGUGGCACUAUAUCCAACAACCUUUAACUUUGUCAAUGGGAAUUCAAACUCUCCUGGAAACAUUUCUUCUAGCUCUCAAGAUGGCACUCUUUCGUGUGGUCAUUUCAUAUCUGCUCCUACUCGGGUUUCCGAACCCAACAUGACCGAACUAUAUGGACAGAGAUUUUCAGAUUUUAUCAAUCGUUCUAUGACCGCAUUUAGUGGCUUUGAGUGCAGAGGGUGGGGUACUUACUGCCCACUACAUGCAAGGACUUCCGCCGCAGCACGAGAAAUGGAUCUUUCGGUUAGGGGCGGUAUUGUAAGACCCUUCCAGGUAUAUCAGACGUCGGGAUGGAUGAUCAGUCCUGAGAGACAAGAUGGCGGUCAUCCUGAAAAUCCCUUUGCGUUGGAGUCCAUUGUUGCAACUCAGUGGACAAACAGACUGAUAUCUGAGGUCAGAGAUGCCGUGGCACUUGUUCGUAGGGGUGGUACUUUACAAAUUGAGGAUGUUUUGGUUAUGGAUCCUUCAGUUUUAUAUGACAUAUCUGAGGAUGAUGAAGUUGAAGUUCCUGAUGACAUGCACUUUGAUGUUGAUAGCAUGUCUUAUGAGCAAUUACUGGCUUUGGGAGAGCACGUAGGGGAUGUGUGCAUCGGAUUGAGUGAAGAAGCUAUUGUGGCAAAUUUGAGGCAGCAGAAAUAUAAGCCCCUCGUGAUGGGAUCUCCAGUGAAGGAUGAAUCGUGCUGCAUUUGUCUGGAGGAAUACAUCAGUGGAGAUGAUCUUGGGAAGCUGGAUUGUGGGCAUAACUUUCACUUCACCUGCAUAAAACAGUGGCUAGUGCAGAAGAACUGCUGCCCCAUUUGCAAAAUGAAGGCCCUGGCUGAUAGGGACAGAGGAAAUUAGUUUCAGGGCUCCUUUCCAAAAUUCUAUUUAGAGCUGAAACCAGAAAAGUGCUUUCCUUCCCUUGCAGUAUCCUCCAGCUAGAUGAGAUGUGGUAUAAUUUAUGACUUCCAGAUCAUACUGUGAGGUUUUGCAACUCUUUUUAAAAAAAAAAUUUUGAAACUCUCUUUAAAAUGGCAACUUUUUUCAUAUGAAGGCUGCUUUGUUGGCUUGUCUCUUAUCUAUUUGUCGGAAUGAAACCUUUUGAACUUAUUCCUUCAAUGAUGCAACAUAGU